UUGCAACCUAUCCAGUCCAUGGAUUACCGUUCAGAGCUCAAAAAGAAUUCUAGAGAUCAACCAUCAACUGGAACUUCUGAUAAGACUAAAUUGCCCCAAGCAAACCAAAAGACAGAACUCCCAGACAGGUUCAAACUGGAAAGGCAUAAUUUGUCAUAUGCUGAUCUUCAUCAUGAAGUUACAAAAAAUAUGAAAGAUUUCUCUCCUAAAUCUUCAGGAAACCGCCAAAAGCAACGGAUAGAUACAAAUGGAAACGAAGAAGACGAGCUUGUUAAGUACAUGUCAAGUGUACCAAGUUAUCUGGAGCAGGGAAAAAAUCCCCAGGAAAAAGUUUUAAAUUUUGGCGUCCUCGACUGGGAUCGUCUAGAAAAAUGGCAGUGUAGCCAUAAACAGAUGCCGCACAAAGGUGGCAGAUCUUCAAUAUCCAGUAGUAAUUUUUCCUCAACCUCCUCAACAGAUGCAUCUUCUUCCCGUUCUAGCAGUGGUUACAGCUCCUCUCCUCCUGGUCAAAAGACACGACGUUCAUCAUUGCAGUUUCAUCUGAUGUCGGCACCCAUGGAAGGCCAUUCACAAGCAGUCAAAUCUUUUGGAGAAAGUGUUCAAAGGUUUCCUGAUAUCAAAGAUGCCCAGAGUAAUACUUUAAAUGAGCAGGGAAAGUUUAUCAGAACAGAGAAGCCUUUUGGCAAAAACAAAGUUGAUAUCCUAGAGGAGUGCAAGAAAAAAGAUUCAGAUCUAAAGAUUGAUCGACAAAGUGGAACUUUGGCAAAUGGGGUGAAAUAUGAGGUGUCAUCAUCCAAUAAACUGAAAAUGAAGACACAAGAUUGUCAGUUUAUGAAGAAAGCAGAGAAGCUGCAAGAAAGAAAUACCGAUGUUGUUGAACAAGAUGUUCUUGGAAAACACAAACCCGUUGUUCUCCUCUUGCCAAGAGAUCAUCCCAAAAAUGAUCUUUCUGGAGUAUCCAAUCUUUCUAAUACGACAAAAAUGAUAGGUCAAAGACCAGCAGAAGAUAGACGGAGGAGCUUUUCUGAAAGACCUAAAGAUGCUGAACUUGUUUUUGAUUUCCCACAUUCAAGUCCACUACCUCGUAAAGUUGGUAUCAGUGAACACUCACAGAUGAAACGGCCCAGCUCCACAGAUGCAAAGAUUGACAACUUCUCAUCUGAAAGAUCUCAUCAGGCACAAUCUUCAGCAGAAACAGGUAUCUGUCGGUCCAGAGACAGAAAUCUGGAAGACAGGAAAUCAACUGUAACAAUCAACAAGAGCACCUCGAGUGUUCCUUCUGUAGGAUUGGAUCCGAAACGGAAUAAGGUAGCACCUGAAAAAGUGAGAAGCACUUCACCUUUUCGCCGCUUGAGCUUCAGUUUGAGUAAGAUAAGCAAAAAUUCCAGCUCCAAGGAGGCUUCUGCUUUACAACAGUCGAACUCUACAUAUGUUUCUGCCCAUUCUGGUUCUGAGAAUGCCGUGGUUUUUUCUUGUCUUGAAACUUCUUGCAGUGAUAAAAUUAAUUCCACAAACAAAGCCAGGUCAAGCCCAUUGAGAAGGUUACUGGAUCCAAUACUGAAGCCAAAAGCGGCAAACUGCCACAAUAUUGGGGAUCCAUUACCAAAAGACUCGAUGUCAAAAGAAAGGGCCUCUAAAAAUUCUGAUGAGCGACCAUAUUCUUCCUCUGUAGUUGCACAGUCAGGAAGAGUUAAAACAGAUGUGGCCAGAUGCAGAACAAUCGAUGUUAAUGAUUCAUUACGGGAGAAGCACCAUGGAUCACAAGCUGUUCAAGCUCUUUUGCGUGUUGUAGUCAAGAAUGGCCAGCCUCUGUUUACAUUUGCUGUUGAUAAUGAACGUGAUAUUCUUGCAGCUACAAUGAAGAAGUUGAGUACUUCAAGAAAGGAGGACUACAGUUGCUGCUACACAUUCUUCACCAUCCAAGAAGUGAGAAAGAAAAAUGGGAGGUGGCUAAAUCAGGGAAGCAAAGGCCAAAAUCACGACUUCAUCCCUAAUGUUGUUGCCCAGAUGAAAGUUUGUGGAUCUCAAUUUUCUAGGUUGACUAGAGAGAACAAUCUGAAUCUGUUUAGUGUGAGAGAUUUUGUUCUAUCCUCUGUGGAACUUAGACAGACCGAGCAAACGUCAGACUUCGAGCCAAAUGAUGAGCUUGCUGCCAUUGUUGUCAAGAUCCCAUUGAAAAUCAGUAGUAGUUCACUCAUAAGUGGGUAUCAGGGCAGUAUGCAAAAAGAUCUUACGGAAGUGAGAUUAAAAGAGUAUUUGGCAGAAGUGAAAUUUGAUUCUGAUUCUGGGAAAAAAGUUCAGAAUUGGCCUUUUGUAGGUGGCCAAGACAUUAGUGCCACAGUCAUAUUUCCAAGUGGUGUUCAUACAUUACCACAAAAAGGAGGGCCUUCAUCACUGAUCCAACGCUGGAAAACAGGUGGAUCAUGUGACUGUGGAGGUUGGGAUUUGGGUUGCAAACUUAGGGUUUUUGCCAACAGGAAUCAACUCGCUAAGAAAGAAGGUUCAUCCGAUGCUUGUUCCUCAGCACAACAAUUUGAGCUAUUCUCUGAGGGAGGACAAGAAAAGCAUCCUUUCUUCAGCUUGGCCCCAUGUAAGGAAGGUAUAUAUUCAGUCGAGUUCAAUUCAUCCCUAACACUUCUGCAAGCAUUCUCCAUCUGUAUAGCAGUAUUAGAUUGUAGAAAACCGUGUGAGUUUUCUGAAUCAAGGAACAUUUUUGAACAAAAAGCAUAUGGAGAAACUGUGUUAGUACAAAAUGAUGGAACAAGGGUUUCCGAUCAGAACAAAGGAGAGGUUCCUGCAAGAUAUCUCUCAUAUCCACCCCAUUCUCCAGUGGGGAGGGUCUAGUUUCAACUCUCACAUGAAACGUGAUCUUGUAAUUACAGACAGGAGGUACAGAUACAUCUUUUCCAAAAUCAGUCGCUGCCUGAGCGGAUGAUGAAACUUCUAUAGAAUAAAAUCCUUGAUGAACUAUAGUGAAAAUAUGCACCAGAUCCUCAAGUCCUCUAUAGUAGCGGGAAAAGAUAAAACUACAAAGCUUGGGAUUAUCAUAUAUUGUACUAGUUUUGACAGCAGAAGCAAUUUAAACUUUGUUCUUCAUCAAUGCAAGUGUGGAUAGUAUUAACUAAAGAUAUCAUGAUUUCAGUAAUUCUUGUUUAAUGUUUC